AAGUAGAAGUUGAUCUUCUCGUUCAAUUAGCAGUUGGAGUCGACAGCACCAAACAACAAAAGAUGGAAGUGAUAGCAUGAAACUACAUGUGCACUGACCUCUGACCUUAAACCCGGAACAUCAUGUCUGCUUUCUGGACUGUCUCUGCCGUGCUCCUCCUUUACUUCACGCAGAAUAGCUGUGCUCGUCUGAUCUUGGCAAAACUUGGUGACUCGGUUGUGAUGCAUCCAGGUCAGACCUUUGAUUCCAUAUCUGCCAUAAUCUGGAAGCACAACAUGAACAUCAUCGUGGAGUGGUCUGGAACUAAUACAACGUGUUUUAGAGGUUUUAUUGGUCGCUGCGGCCUGGACAAAACAACUGGAAGUUUGAUCAUCAGCAGUCUGACAGUAGAGGACACCGGCCACUACAACCCUGAGAUAGACAGCAAGAUUCUUGACGUGAUAGAGCUCUGGGUUAUCAAACCGGUCCCAAAACCCACAGUGUUCUUGGAAUGCAACAAGGAGAAGAGUCUCUGUGACCUCACCUGUAAAGCCAACAUCACUUCUCAUUUCGGACCCGUCAUGUACAGAUGGGAAGCAGGAAAAAAUGUGCUGUCCCGUUCCACGAGGCUGACCUUAACAAAGGCGAACAGGGAGCACUCCUACGUCUGCAUGUUGCUAAACCCCUUUAGCAACUCGUCCAGUGAUGUGGUGCCUAACCCCAUUAGCCAUACCGUUUCAGGGUUUCAUCCUGCAGCAGUGGCUGUACCAAUUGUGCUUCUGGUCCUGACUCUGUUUGCGGUUGGUGGCUAUGUUAGGCACAGGAAAGAGAAAAAACAAGCACAGACUGCUGAAGCAGCCCAAGCAGAGAGGACUGCUAUGACCCUGAAAGGCAGAAGGAAAAAUGGAAUGAGUUUGGAAACUUUGGAAAGUGGACCGAACCCACCUUCAGCACGGAGGUUCAGCUCUGCACGAGAUCUUUAUCUCCAGCCUGACGAUGAACGAUGGGUGCAGAACAAUCCGGAGCUCAGGAGGGUGAGCCGUGAGCUUCGGGAGUUCCGACUUCAAAGAGACAUCUAAAUUCAUCACAGACGUAUUGAAUCAAGCAAAGCACCGCUUGAGCUUUUUCUUUUGCCACCUCACAGCAAACUAAAUACUUUUAAUUGGGAUUUUGGAUGCAAAGUAUUUUAGAUCAAUCAUUCGUUACACCCCAAGUCAACUUUUUCUGCUCAUAAACUGUCUAAAUUGGUCCACA